AUGGCCAAGCAUUCCUCCAAGCAGUCUUCCACGAAGGCCAAGAGCUCCGGCAACAAGGCAUCCAACGGAAAGAACUCCCCUUCCUCGUCCAGCACCGUCCCGGUUAGCCGAGCGUGGCAGGACCCUUCGCUUGAAAGGGACCAGACGUCGGCGACGGCGGCCGGGAGCUACGGCGUCGGGAGGUGGUUGACGGAGCCGUCUUGGCAGGAGCCGUUCAACACCAUCGCCGAGGUGUCGGCGGCCGGAUCGGCGGCGGGGCAGGCCGGUGGAUGUCAGGGGUCGGGAGCCUCGGCAACGUGCGCCACGUCCCGAACGCAGCAGCAGCAGCAGAAGCAGCAGCAGCGCUGA